AUGACAGACUCUAACAAGAUGAUCAUCAACUUGGCCCUCUUUGGCAUGACUCAGAGUGGAAAAAGUUCUGCUGGGAACAUUCUUUUGGGAAGCACUGACUUCCACAGCAGCUUUUCUCCAUGUUCUGUGACCAAAGAUUGCUGUCUGGGCCGCAGUUGUCACCUCUGUGGCUUCAUGCAUCGAGGGGGGCAAGAGAUUACCCUGCAGAUCCAGGUGUUGGACACUCCAGGUUAUCCACACAGCAGACUGACCAAGAAGCAUGUGAAACAGGAAGUCAAGGAGGCCCUGGCACAUCACUUUGGGCAAGAGGGUCUCCAUCUUGCACUGCUGGUCCAGAGAGCAGACAUGCCUCUUUGUGGACAGGAAGUAUCUGACUUAGUCCAGAUGAUUCAGGAACUUCUAGGACAUUCUUGGAAGAAUUACACUGCCAUUCUUUUCACCCAUGCAGAAAAAAUAGAAGAGGCUGGGUUCAGUGAAGAUAAAUACUUGCAUGAGGCCUCCGAUACACUGCUAACCCUGCUAAAUUCUGUACAGCGCAGAUAUAUCUUCCAGUAUAAAAAAGGAAACUCACUUAAUGAACAAAGAAUAAAAAUCUUAGAAAGAAUCAUGGAAUUUAUAAAAGAAAAUUGUUACCAAGUUCUUACCUUUAAAUAA